AACAAGCUUGUGAACGACCUGGACGAUUUCAAGACGCAUGAGGACGAAGUUUUGGAGGAAGCAUGUCUGCAGUGUCAAUGAUGCCAAGAUCCGCGGUCGGUUACGCCGCUGCAGGAGCUGGCCUAUGUUUCCUUGGUUAUUGCGCAUAUUUUGACUAUAAAAGAAGGAGUGACCCAGAUUUUAAAAAAAAAUUACAAGAAAGGAGACGGAAAGCUAAACGGUCAAAUAAUCAAAAGCCUGCCAGCGGCCCAUCGUUAAACAGUGGCAGCUACGAAGAUCUACAAAAGUUUUUCCUUCAAGAGGUCCAAUUGGGUGAAGAGCUUUUGGCAACAGGCGACAUCGAGGGCGGAGUUGAGCACCUGAGUAGAGCCGUGGCCGUAUGUGGUCAGCCUCAGCAACUUUUACAGGUGUUACAGUCUACAUUACCUCCUCAGGUGUUUCAGCUGCUGGUACAGAAACUUCCUGUCACUGGCCAGCAAGUGAGGAUGUCGUCUGCUCCAAUGGGAAUGCCAGAGAUGACGAUUGCUGAGGAUGAUGUGGAGUGAAGUUGAUGUCAAGGGAGGGGGUUGUCAUGUCAUCUUUUCUCACGCCUGGAUCUAGAUAUUUAUACUCAUUUACACAUUACUAGUGUUGGUGAAAACCAUUCCUGAUACUCGGAUAUUAGAAGAUGACAUCAUGCAAUUUAAAAACUUUUAAUGAAGAAAUGAUUUGGACUCUUGAAUUUAAAACUUCAGAAUUAAUUUACGAUUUGGACUCUUGCUGGAAUGACACACGCCAGUGUUGACACAGGGUUCCUCAGACUUGACUCCAGUCUUUCAUUAUAAAAUGAUGUUAUAAGUAACUAUCAUGGAACAAACUGUCGGGUACUUCUAAAGACUAGGAACAGAUCGAAUGAAGAGGCUUAUGAAAAUGGGAGCAAUAGGAGCAGAAAUAUUGUGAUGUUAAAGUUCCUCUCCAUAUUUUUGCUGCUCCACAGGAAAUGUGACAUACACAUUUGUGAAAAUAACCAAUAACAUUUCAUUGCUAUUUUUUUGUUAAGACUUUGUCUGAUUGUCCAGGUCUGAAGAUGAAAUCUUGUCACAUAUUUGUUAGACAUGGGUCACAAUAUUCUUGCAUGGGAAAUGCACAACAUACAAAAAGUACAUACAUUUGAUGGUCAGGAAAACUUGGUAUUUUAUGUUUGAAUAAAAAUGUGAUAUUUUUGAAAAAUUGU